AUGCUAGAUACGCAGAUAUACACCGUUGAGGAUAACAACCUAGCGCUACUUCCUCAAGAAGGGAUGAUCAAGGAGAUCGUGACCGACGAUCCGCUCGAGCUAGAUCUGAUCCGCUCUGCGACAGACCACAGUGUCAUUAGCGUGGACGCGGACGGCUACGACAAGAUGCUUGACUCAGCCAAAAGCAUGGAGAGACUUAGCGAUACCUCUGGAGCAGUCGCUUCGAAGGGCGCUACUAAGCUGAGCACGCCACGCGAUGAUCCAUGGAGCGAACUGAAAGCUCAAAAGAUCGACCUCAAAUCACUCCCUACGGUGCUCUGGUACGCGUUCUUAGGGCCAAAUUCUACUUAUCCUGUUAUUGUGAAUUCUGAACUGAACAAUGUAGAAACAGCUAAACUCCUGUGUGAGCUAAGAAAAUACCGUAAGGCGCUAGGUUAUUCAUUAGCUGACAUUCAUGGCAUUUCACCCGAUCUUUCCAUGCAUAGAAUACACCUAGAAGAUGAAUCUAUGACUUCUAUAGAACAUCAGAGGAGGUUAAAUCCAAAUCUAAAAGAUGUUGUAAAGAAAGAGAUAAUGAAACUUCUAGAGACUGGUGUGAUUUAUGUCAUCUCUGAUAGUAAUUGGGUUAGCCCUGUUCAUGUAGUUCCUAAGAAAGGUGGAAUAACUGUAAUAACAAAUGAGAAAACUGAAUUGAUCCCUACUCGAACAGUAACUGGACAUCGCAUGUGCAUAGAUUUUCGCAAAUUGAAUGUUGUGACUCGCAAGGAUCACUUUCCAUUACCUUUCAUUGAUCAUAUGCUUGAACGAUUAGUUAACCACCCAUUCUAUUGCUUUUUAGAUGGUUAUUUAGGUUUCUUUCAGAUCCCUAUCCACCCGGAUGAUCAGGAGAAGACGACGUUAACGUGCCCAUACGGCACGUUUGCAUACAGGAGAAUGUCAUUCGGCUUGUGCAAUGCUCCUGAGAUCUUUCACCGUUGCAUGAUGUCUAUUUUCACUGACCUGAUUGAGGAUAUAAUGGAGGUUUUCAUGGAUGAUUUCAGUGUCUAUGGAAGCUCUUUUUCUGUUUGUUUAAAAAACUUGUGCAGGGUAUUGCAGUGCUGCAAGGAGAAGGAUCUAGUGCUGAACUGGGAGAAGUGCCACUUCUUGGUUAAGGAUGGGAUUGUUCUCGGGCACAAGAUCUCUGAGAAGGGGAUCAAGGUCGACAAGGCAAAGAUUGAAGUCAUAAUGAGCCUGCAACCACCAACAUCAGUCAAGGGGAUAAGGAGUUUCCUGGGGCACGCGGGUUUUUAUAGGAGAUUCAUCAAGGAUUUCUCAAUGAUCGCGAGACCACUCAUGAGACUGCUCUGCAAGGAUACCAGAUUCGAGUUUGACAGGGGAUGUUUAACGGCAUUCCACACGAUCAAAGGAGCCUUCAUCAGUGCCCCGGUCGUUCAGCUUCCGGACUGGGAUUUACCCUUCGAGAUCAUGACUGAUGCUAGGAAUGAGAAGCGAAAAUUUCUAAGGGAUGCAAGACUCUACUUUUGGGAUGAACCGUUCCUGUAUCGACACUGCAAGGAUGGACAUUCAAAACCCGUCUCCAAGAUCUUGAAAGCUGGUUUCUGGUGGCCAACAAUGUUCCGAGAUGCACAAGCUUUCAUCUCCAAGUGCAGUUCAUGCCAAAGACAAGGGAACAUUAGCAAGCGGAACGAGAUGCCCCAGAACUUCAUACUCGAGAUCGAAGUGUUUGAUUGUUGGGGGAUCGACUUCAUGGGACCAUUCCCACCAUCGUACAAGAACGAGUACAAUAUAGUGGCAGUGGAUUACGUUUCCAAGUGGGUAGAGGCAAUCGCCAGUCCUACUAAUGACGCGCGGGUUGUAACCAAAAUGUUUAAAACCAUCAUUUUUCCUCGGUUUGGAGUACCUCGAGUGGUCAUAAGUGACGGAGGCGCACACUUCAUCAACAAGGUUUUCCAAGGGCUCUUGAAGAAGAACGGUGUCAAGCACAAAGUUGAUACAGCAUAUCACCCCCAAACAAGUGGCCAAGUGGAAGUGUCUAAUAGGGAGAUCAAGAGCAUCCUGCAGAAAACGGUCGGAGCUACACGCAAGGCCUAUAAAACGCCAUUAGGGACCACUCCAUAUCAUCUGGUCUAUGGGAAGGCUUGUCACCUCCCUGUGGAACUCGAGUACAAGGCGGCAUGGACUGUCAAACUACUCAACUUUGAUAUCAAAUCAGCCAGGGAAAGGCGUUCCAUACAGAUUCACGAACUUGAAGAAAUCAUGCACCUGGCUUAUGAAAGCACGAAGAUCUACAAGGAAAAGACCAAAGCCUAUCGUGAUAAGCGGAUCAUCUGCAGAAACUUCGAACCAAAUGAUCGAGUUUUGCUUUUCAACUCCAGGCUGAAGCUCUUCCCUGGAAAGUUGAAAUCUAGGUGGUCCGGACCUCUCACUGUCAAGGAGGUCAGACCGUAUGGAGCCGUGGUGCUACUGGAUCCGAAUGGAGGGGAAUUCUUCGUAAAUGGUCAGCGUCUUAAGCUAUACAUGGCUGAUACGAAAAUUGCAGCAGGGGAAGAAAUCCCCUUAGGCGAUCCAUCCCCAUCUCAAUAG